AUGCCGGGAUCGAGGGCAACUUUUAUUUCCCAUAGGAACACAGCCCGACUAGCCAAGGAACAUGGGGACAUCAAGUUGGCUCAGAUCUAUGGUACAAUUGCCGCGGAUGAAAAGCGUCAUGAAACUGCCUACACCAAGAUUGUUGAGAAGCUAUAUGAGAUUGACCCUAAUGGGACUGUGCUAGCAUUUGCUAACAUGAUGAGGAAAAAAAUUUCUAUGCCAGCUCAUUUGAUGUAUGAUGGACGCGAUGAUGACCUUUUUGAGCACUUCUCAGCUGUUGCACAACGCCUUGGUGUUUACACAGCCAAGGACUAUGCAGAUAUACUGGAGUUUUUGGUUGGCAGAUGGAAAGUGGGAGAUCUGACUGGACUAUUUGCUGAGGGUCGCAAAGCUCAAGAUUAUGUCUGUGGGUUGCUUGCUAGAAUCAGAAAGCUAGAAGAGAGAGCUCAAGCGAGAGCCAAACAAGGACCUUGCAUACCCUUUAGCUGGAUAUAUGACAGAGAAGUGCAGCUCUGA